AAGCGCUCGGUUACUACCGUUAGAUAUUCUACUAGAGAGUUUCGACAUGCCAUCUAAUCCCCAAAGCAAUUCGGAUGCAUCCCGCACAGAAGUCUCAGAGGAACCGAAGGUCCAGACCCGGCGCUGUACUGAUCGACUACGGAGACCUGUCGUAAGAAUGCAGUUGGAUCCAAAAAUGAAGUCUUAUGUCAACUUUUGCGGGGGAAGGUGUUAAUGGGACGGAACCAGCCAAUGAGAGCGUUUUACGCUGAGGGCUAUUGAUUUGGCCAUAAAUUGAAUGUACCGUUAGUUGGACGUUAAGAAAAUAUACUUGCCAGCCGUACGCCGGUCUCCUGCUUUGGGAAGUCGGGCUGAUCAGAGUGCACGCUAGCAGCAGGUCAUCGGUAGGUCAGCCGAAACCAUAACAUAUAUUUUUGGCGACGGAAGGUAGUGGAUCAAGAUGUCAAUUUCAGCGGAAGACCUGAAAAUCAUUUUGUUGCAGCAACAGCAGCAAUUUGAAACAGCACAGCUGCGUAUGAUUGAAACCCUCACCCAAAUGUUAUCUGUGCAGCCUACGGUCGUUCAGAACAAUGGGAAGCCUUCGGCGGAUGCGAUGAUCAGUAGUGUUAAUGAGUUCAUAUUCGAUCCUGACUCAGGAUUAAUAUUCGAUGCGUGGUUCAGGCGCUAUGAAGAUGUUUUCAGGGCAGAGUUGUCAGGUCUCGAUGAUGCAUCUAAAGUUCGCCUUUUGUUACGAAAACUCGGAACGGUUGAACAUGACAGAUACAUUAACUACAUUUUGCCAAACAACGCGCAUGAUUUCAGCUUUGAUGAUACAGUUGCUCGACUCACAGCGUUGUUUGGAGACCAGUCGUCUCUUUUCAAUAACCGAUACAAUUGUCUAAAGCUAUGCAAAAAGGACAAUGACAGUCUUAUUGCUCACGCGGCGAUAGUCAAACGUGAAUGCCAGAAAUUCAAACUGAAGUCGCUCACGGAAGACCAGUUCGAGUGUUUGAUACUAGUAUGCAGUCUACAGUCCCCAAAAGACGCCGAGAUACGAACGAGAAUACUUGGUAUGUUGGAACGCGACACAGAUGUUACAUUACAAAACGCCAUUGCUGAAGCCCAAAGAAUCAUGAAUUUAAAGCACGAUACGGCUAUGGUGGAAGAUUCGAGAGCACAUUCCGCAGAUAUAUCUGUCCAGCAAAUUUCAGGAAACAACCCACCGACCGCUCAACCUAGCAGAUAUCCACAAUCCAAACCCCCAUCACCUUGCUGGCAAUGCGGAGGAUGGCAUUUUGUGAGAUGGUGUCCUUUCAGCAAACAUGUUUGUCAAAGGUGCUUUAGACGGGGGCACAAGGAGACCCACUGCAGAUUCAAAACAUCAUUUAGAUCGUCAUGUGAUACUCGAAAAGCAGGUUACCGAAGGUUCGCGACAAGAGUAAACGCUAACUAUACGGACGAUGUUAAAGAUAGAAGAAAGUUCGUCACUAUUACCAUCAACGGAAGAGUAGCGCGUCUGCAGAUUGAUACGGCUUCCGAUAUUACAGUCAUUACGGAAAACUUAUGGAAAGCUAUCGGUUCACCUGACAUUAAACCAACUAACCAUAAAGCGAAGAGCGCAUCAGGUACGAGUCUAAACUUGAUCGGUCAGAUUGAAUGUGAGUGUCGCUUUGCCAACUUCACCGCUUGGGGAACUAUUUUCGUCACAACACACAAGAAUUUGAACCUCCUUGGAUUAGACUGGAUUGAGCGAUUCAACCUCUUAGAUGUUCCCAUUAAUCAAAUCUGUGCAAGUGUACACUUACACAAACCAAAAGUCCCCAAGGCAAUGGCAAUCGAACAAAUUCGAGAGAAAUAUGCACCUGUUUUCCGUGAAGGACUUGGUAAGUGUACAAAGUUGCAAGCCUCAUUGUCCUUAAAACCCGAUGCUGUUCCUGUUUUCCGUGCAAAGCGGCCAGUACCUUACGCAGCAGUCCCAAUUGUUGACCAGGAACUUGAUCGUUUGGAGAAACUUGGGGUUAUCUAUGCAGUGAACUACUCUUCUUGGGCGGCUCCAAUUGUGGUUGUCAAGAAGCCGAACGGCCAGAUCCGAAUAUGUGCCGACUUUUCUACUGGGCUGAAUGAAGCGUUAAACACGCAUCAGUAUCCUCUGCCAGUCCCAGAUGAUUUGUUCUCGAAACUAAAUGGGGGUCAGUGUUUUGCCAAGCUAGAUCUAUCGGAUGCGUACUUACAAAUAGAAGUUGAUGAAGCUUCUAGAGAAUUACUGACGAUAAAUACGCACCGAGGUUUGUAUCAGUAUCAUCGACUUCCAUUCGGAGUUAAGUCCGCGCCAGCAAUUUUUCAGCAAAUCAUGGAUACUAUGCUAACAGAUGUAGAUGGUGCUGCCGCAUAUUUGGACGAUAUCAUUGUCGUCGGAACUAACCCAGAUGACCUUUUCAGAAAGCUGCACUUAGUACUUGAUCGCAUACAAGAGUACGGAUUUAGACUUCGCCCAGAAAAGUGCACGUUUUUCAUGGACUCCAUUAAUUUUCUUGGCUUCAUAAUUGACAAGAACGGUAGACGUCCAGAUCCGUCAAACAUUGAUGCUAUAAAAAAGAUGCCACCUCCCAAAGAUGUGCCUACUCUGAGGUCCUUCUUAGGACUCGUCAGUCAUUACAGUCAAUUUCUGCCACAUAUGCACAGCGUGCGUGGACCACUCAAUGAGUUACUCACCAAGGACAAACGUUGGCACUGGUCCGAAGAUUGUCAGAAGUCCUUUGAGGAGGUGAAGCGAAUGCUGUGUUCUGACCUUAUGCUGACACAUUACGACCCUACACUUGAAAUCGUGGUGGCGGCAGACGCUUCGAAGUAUGGCGUGGGUGCAGUUAUCUCUCAUAAGUUUGCUGACGGAUCGGAAAAAGCGAUCGCACACGCAGCUCGAUCACUGUCGCCAGCCGAAAAGAAUUACGGGCAGAUAGAGAAAGAGGCAUUAGCGAUAGUCUUUGCAAUAAAGAAAUUUCACAAAAUGUUGUAUGGCAGGAGGUUUACCCUGCUUACCGACCAUAAACCACUCCUAGCCAUAUUUGGAUCAAAGUCCGGUAUACCCGUUUAUACCGCGAACAGACUGCAGCGUUGGGCCACGGCCUUACUCGCCUAUGAUUUUGCGGUGAAGUACACGGCUACAAAGGACAUAGGUCAAGCAGACGCACUUUCCCGGUUAUUGGAGCUACAACAGCAUCAGCAGGAAGAAUCUAUAAUUGCAGCAAUCUCCCUUGAAUCAGAGGUCAACCAGGUCUUGAUGGAGAAUUUUAGGAAGCUUCCCGUGACGUUCGACAUGGUACGUGACGCAACUGUGCGAGAUCCCCUCUUGCGCCAGGUAAUCAAAUUUCACACUACGCAGUGGCCAAGUGAUACUCUAUCCGGAGAGCUACAAAUUCUCUCUCGGAGAAAGGACGAACUUUCGAUCGUAAAUGGGUGUUUACUUUUGGCCGAGAGAAUUGUCAUACCCAAAGAACUUCGCCAAAGAGUCCUUCAGCAAUUUCAUCGGGCACAUCCUGGAAUUAACAGAAUGAAAAGCAUUGCUCGGAGUUUUGUCUACUGGCCAAACAUUGAUUCGGAACUCGAGCAACUAGUAAAGUCAUGUCCCAGAUGCGCGCUUGCUAGUAAGGCACCGAGAAAAGCUGACUUAGCUUCCUGGCCGUUGGCAACAAAACCGUGGGAACGCGUGCACGCUGAUUUCUUUGGUCCCCUAAACGGUCAGCAGUACCUAAUAGUUGUUGAUUCCUAUAGCAAAUGGCCUGAGGUCUUCUGUAUGGAGCGUGCGACAAGUGGUGCAACAAUUAACAUUUUGAGGAGACUUUUCAGUCAACACGGAAUACCAGAAACCUUGGUCACUGACAAUGGUUCUCAGUUCACUUCUUCCCAAUUUGCCGAAUACUGCGCACAGCAUGGUAUCACGCAUCUACGGUCGCCACCGUUUCACCCUCAGUCAAAUGGACAAGCAGAGCGCUUCGUCGACACGUUUAAGCGAUCGCUACUAAAGAUGCGGGGGGAAGGAACCACACAGGAGAUACUUGAUACAUUUUUGCUCGUGUACAGAUCAACUUCAAAUCCCCAAGUACCAAACCAGUUGUCGCCGGCAGAAGCACUAAUGGGAAGAAAACUCCGUACUGUGAAUUCCCUGCUAACUCCGAGGUGUACUAAUGAGCAAGAAAGGAACGUUCGGAUGGAGCAGUACUACAACGAGCGACACAGAACUCAAGCACGCCGCUUUUACCCCGGACAGCGUGUCUUAGUAAGAGACUAUCGCGCGGGAAACCCGCAAUGGGUGGUAGGAUCGAUACGGAGAAAUAUUGGACAGGUGCUAUAUGAGGUUAAUGUGGGUAAUUUGAUUUGGACCAGGCAUUCCAAUCAGCUGCGACCAACUAGCAUCCCUGCGGGCACAAGCGCUCGGUUACUACCGUUAGAUAUUCUACUAGAGAGUUUCGACAUGCCAUCUAAUCCCCAAAGCAAUUCGGAUGCAUCCCGCACAGAAGUCUCAGAGGAACCGAAGGUCCAGACCCGGCGCUGUACUGAUCGACUACGGAGACCUGUCGUAAGAAUGCAGUUGGAUCCAAAAAUGAAGUGUUAUGUCAACUUUUGCGGGGGAAGGUGUUAAUGGGACGGAACCAGCCAAUGAGAGCGUUUUACGCUGAGGGCUAUUGAUUUGGCCAUAAAUUGAAUGUCCCGUUAGUUGGACGUUAAGCAAAUAUACUUGCCAGCCGUACGCCGGUCUCCUGCUUUGGGAAGUCGGGCUGAUCAGAGUGCACGCUAGCAGCAGGUCAUCGGUAGGUCAGCCGAAACCAUAACAA